AUGUCUGCUACUCCAAACUUUAAAGUUUCCUCAGAAACUGCUCGUAACUACGAAUCAGAAUACUCCGCCCAUAACUACCACCCAUUGCCAGUGGUUUUCUCCAAAGCAGAAGGUGCACAUGUCUGGGACCCAGAAGGAAAUGAAUACUUGGACUUUUUGUCUGCUUAUUCUGCUGUUAAUCAAGGUCAUUGUCACCCAAAAAUAGUCAGUGCUUUGGUUGAUCAAGCCUCAAAAUUGACUUUAUGUUCCCGUGCUUUCUCUUCUGACGUGUUUGGUGUCUAUGCCAAAUACGUUACUGAAUACUUCAACUAUGAAAUGGUUUUGCCAAUGAAUACCGGUGCCGAAGCUGUUGAAACCGGGUUGAAAUUAGCCAGAAGAUGGGGUUAUGUCAAGAAAGGUAUUCCUUCUGGUGAAGCUAUUAUCUUAUCUGCUGUUAACAAUUUCCAUGGUAGAACUUUGGGUGUCAUUUCAAUGUCUACUGAUCCAGAUGCUACUACAAACUUUGGUCCAUACUUGAGCGGAGUUGGACCACAAAUUCCAGGUGAACCACAAGGUACAUUGUUAAGAUACGGUGUCAUUGAAGAUGUCGAAAAGGCAUUUGCCAAUGCUGGUGACAAGAUUGCUGCCAUCUUGUUGGAACCUAUUCAAGGUGAAGCUGGUAUUGUUGUUCCGCCAGAAGAUUACUUACCAAGGGUUCAAGAAUUGUGUAAGAAGCACAAUGUUUUGUUGAUUUGUGAUGAAAUUCAAACUGGUAUUGCUAGAACUGGUAAGAUGUUAUGUUAUGAACACUCAAAGGGGGUGAAACCAGAUAUUGUGUUGUUGGGUAAAGCCAUUUCUGGUGGUAUUAUGCCAGUUUCUGCUGUUUUAUCCUCUAAGGAAAUUAUGUUGACCUUGGAACCAGGUUCUCAUGGUUCUACCUAUGGUGGUAAUCCAUUGGCUUGUAGAGUUGCCAUUGCUGCUUUGGAUGUUGUCAGAGAUGAAAACUUGGUUGAAAGAUCACAAAAAUUGGGUCAAUUGUUGAAGGAUAAAUUAACUGAAUUACAAGGAGAAAGUAAUGGUAUGAUUAGUGAGGUCAGAGGUAAAGGUUUAUUAUCUGCCAUUGUGAUAGACGAGUCAAAAACCAACGGUAGAACCGCCUGGGACUUGUGUUUGUUGAUGAAGAACCAUGGUGUUUUAGCUAAACCAACACACGACAAUAUCAUUAGAUUGGCUCCUCCAUUGGUUAUUUCCGAAGAAGACUUGUUGAAAGGUGUUGACUCUAUCAGACAAUCUUUGAAAGAAUUACCAAAUGCUCCAAAAGCUGACCACUAG